UGUGCUCCAGAUGUGCAGUUUUACACACUGAGCUUUAGUGCGCCUCUCGGCUUUCACCUGGUUUCUCUUCACUAUUCGGCGCCUCGCUGGAGGUUCUGUCGUAAUGUAAAAACCAAGUGGGCAACACACAGCCUGCGCUCCUGCACAUCUCCCCCCUGCUGCCCUUUCUGCAUCCUUCUCUUACCUCAGCUCACCUCGACUCUAUUCGCUGCGGAUACAUUUGCAUGGAGAAAGAGGUUUUUUAGGGCUUGUUGCUGCUGCUGUUGUUUAAACUAUAUUUGUAAAAUUCUGCGUGUUGCUUCAGUGGAACAGCCUGUGUGGAUUACUGCUGCACUCGUGUCUCACAUCUCAGGUGGACCAGCAAACAGUGGAGAACUUGCGAGACAAAAACUUUUGGAACUUUCGAUAACUUUCACAAUUUUUUUUUUUUUCAUUUCUUGAACCAUCAUUAAUUCUGUUAUGCAGCUGAUGUGAACAAGGCAAAGGUGCUUCUGCUUCAUUCCACAAUGAAGGACGAAUAUACUGAUGAGGAGGAAGUGCAGUCCUUUGGCUACAAACGGUUUGGUAUCCAGGAGGGGAAUGAAUGUACUAAAUGUAAAAAUGACUGGACACUAAGGGCAGCCAUUGUUCUCCUGUAUGUCCUGUGUGCACUGCUCACAAUAGCUGUGGCUGUAUUAGGAUACAAAGUGGUCCAGAGGAUGGAUGAUGUGACUGAGGGGAUGGAGAACUAUGAAGGCAAAAUCAUUGCUGUAGAGACAGACUUGAAAAAGCUUGAUGAUCAAACAGGAGAAAAGUCAGAGAAUGCCACAAGUGAAAUCCUAUCGUUCAAGGCAGAAAUCCAGACAUUGCAGAACCAAAUUAAUAACAUUGCUCUGAGUGCAUCUAACAAUAGGGCAGCUUUGGAUGAGCUACGGGUUGUAGGUGAGGAUAUACAAAGUGGCCAUGUAUCACUGAGAGACCUUCUAGAGAGCAAUACCAACACCAUGCUUACUGUCAACCGUACACUAACCACAUAUAAUAACCUGAUUGGUGGCCUGAAGUCAGAUACAGAACGGCUCCAAUUAGAUCUUCAGGUACAGACAAGGGAGCAUAGUCACUCCACCCACAGCCUCAAUGUUCUAAAUUUCACUCAGAGCCAACAAAGAAGCCUGAUCAGCACACUCCAGAGUUCAGUGGAGGAUACCAGCCAGGCAGUUCAGAAGCUGAAGAGUGACUUCCAAAGCCUACAGCAGGUGGCCAGGCAGACCAAGGCAGAUGCUGACUGGCUCAGAGAAAAGGUGCAGAACCUCCAGGUGCUGACUGCUAACAAUUCAGCACUGACCCAUUCCAAUAGUGAUGCACUGGAGGACAUAGCUUCACAGCUCAGUUCACUGUCUGAGCAGUUUCAGAAUGCCUCAGCUAUUACAGAUAAUCAUGACCAGAAUCUGCGUGACCUCAUGGAUCAGCAGCGUGAUCAUGACAAUGCCACCACCAACAGGUUUGACACUUUGGAGGCACGCCUGGAUCACAAUGAGGAGGACAUGGACCGCAUCACAGGGAAUGUGAGCUUUGCGACACAGUUGUUAGGCUCCAUAAGCACUGACCUGAAUGGUCUUCGCACUUGUGCUGAGACAGUGACAAGGCACUCGGACCUGCUGCUGGCUCUCAACAACAGCGUUGUGGAAGCCAGGGCAGAUGGCACUGAGCUCAAAACCCAGCAAGAAGAGCUUGCUGCCAGGCUUGACAAGGAAGUGAGCAGCCUCUCAAUAGUCAUGGAAGAAAUGAAACUAGUGGACAGCAAACAUUCCCAACUCAUAACCAACUUCACUAUCCUUCAAGGUCCUCCUGGUCCUAGAGGUCCUCGGGGUGAUAGAGGACCCCAGGGCCCUGCAGGAAAACAAGGUGAGAAAGGUAACAGUGGAGAAAGAGGUGUUCCAGGUGUGCCAGGGCCUAAAGGAGACAAAGGCCCUCCUGGCAUUCCAGGGGUCCCUGGCUUCAAAGGUCCUCCUGGACCAAGGGGAAACCCUGGGUCAAAGGGCUCAAGAGGAUCAGGGGGUCGUGCUGGGCCUCCAGGGGAGAGGGGUGACCCUGGUUUACCUGGACUUGCUGGCAGAGAUGGUCAACCAGGUCCUCAGGGGCCUCAGGGGCCCCCAGGGCUACAAGGGCCAGCAGGACCUGCAGGACCACAAGGACCUCCUGGCCCUGCUGGCCCUAUUGGUUUACAGGGACCACCUGGCCCAACUGGACCUCCUCCUCAAGUGGCUAAACCUUUGGGAUCAAUAGGACCACAAAGCUCAAUGUCCCGUCAAGUUUAUGAACCUCCUCCCACCAGCACACCAGGAUGCCCAUCUCAUUGGAGGAGCUACAAAGACAAGUGUUACUACUUUUCAGCUUUAUCAGAACGGCUGAGUUUUGAUGAAACAAAGGAAAUGUGCAAAAACAAGAAUUCUACUAUGCUCACCAUCCAUAAUGAGGAUGAACAGAUUUGGAUUCGGAGGCAAAUUGCUGGAAAGGGUUACUUCUGGUUGGGUCUUACAGAUGUGGCAGAGGAAAACGUCUGGAGAUGGGUUGAUGGGACCCUCCCCUCCUAUAUGAACUGGAAACCAGGCCAACCAGAUAACUGGAACCAUGGCCAUACAGAAGGAGAAGAUUGUGCAGGACUCAUACAUGAGGCCAAGUGGAAUGACUUCUUCUGCACAGACCGCAUUGGAUACAUUUGUCAACGUCUGAAUGAAAGAAGGCUUUACCCUAGAUUCAGCCACAAGAGCAUUGGUGAGAUCCCGGCGAUGCCUCUUUUCACGUCCAAUCCUUUUGAUCAAGAUGUUGAGAAAGCAACCAGUGAGAUGAACACGGCUGAGGACUGGGGCCUCAUACUUGACAUAUGUGAUAAGAUAGGACAGUCACGCACUGGACCUAAAGAAUGCCUUCGCUCCAUUAUGAGGCGAGUCAACCACAAGGAUCCCCAUGUAGCCAUGCAGGCUCUGACAUUAUUAGGGGCUUGUGUUUCAAACUGUGGGAAAAUCUUCCAUUUGGAGGUCUGCUCGCGAGAGUUUGCCAGUGAAGUUAGCAACGUCUUAAACAAGGGUCACCCAAAGGUUUGUGAGAAGCUCAAGGCCCUCAUGGUGGAAUGGGCUGAGGACUUCCGAAACGACCCCCAGCUCAGUCUCAUAUCGGCUAUGAUCAAGAACCUGAGAGAGCAGGGUGUCACCUUUCCCGCUGUCGGCUCCCAGGCAGCAGAGCAAGCUAAAGCCAGCCCUGCUUUAGUGGCCAAAGACCCAGCAACAUCCACAACCAAGAAAGAGGAAGAGGACUUGGCUAAAGCCAUUGAAUUGUCCUUGAAGGAGCAGCGGCUGCAGAACCAGACCUCAUUCUCUGGGCUUUACCCGAGCAUUAGCAACGUUGUCACCUCCCACAAAGCCGACGGAAGGAAAGUUCGGGCUAUUUACGAUUUCGAGGCAGCAGAGGACAAUGAGCUGACCUUCAAAUCUGGAGAGAUCAUCACCAUCUUAGAUGACAGUGACCCCAACUGGUGGAAAGGUGAGACGUAUCAGGGUGUGGGCCUUUUUCCAUCCAACUUUGUCACAGCAGACCUGACAGCGGAGCCAGAGAUGAAGCUGAGUUCACGCAGAUCUCACUCUGUUUGCCCAGUGAAAACAGAGAAAAAAACAGUGCAGUUCAGUGAGGACAUCCAGGUGGAGACCAUCGAACCGGAGCCUGAGCCUGUCUACAUAGAUGAAGAAAAAAUGGACCAGUUGCUCCAGAUGAUCCAGAGUGCAGAUCCAACAGAUAAUGAGUCAGACGCAUGUGAGCUGCUCCAGCUGGAGGGUGCCUGCAACCAAAUGGGUCCACUCAUUGAUCAAAAACUGGAAGAAAUUGACAGGAAGCACUCGGAGCUGUCUGAGCUUAAUGUGAAGGUGAUGGAGGCACUCUCUUUGUACGCCAAGCUGAUGAAUGAAGAUCCCGUGUAUGCCAUGUAUGCCAAACUGCAGAGCCAGCAGUACUACAUGCAGCAGCCCGGCACCUCACAGCAGGUGUACCCAGGGCAGACAGCUGCAGGACAGUAUGCAGUCGCUGCUACAGGGGUGCAGGGUUACAGUGUUCCUGUGGAGCAGAUUCCUGCCAUGAACCAGGUACCUGCUCCUUUACCAGGCCAACCAGCGCCCAGUGAUGUGCACAUGUACAUAGGCCAGGCGCCUGUGUACAGCGCUCCUGCGGGCAGCAUGGCUCCUGUUGAAGUGCAGCAGGCGUACCCGAACACCGCCAGUGGACAGGCAGGCCUGACCCAAACUCCCAGCUACAGCUGUGCCAAUCCCACAGACCCCCAACAGAGCCCUUACCCGGAAAAAGCCCUCUUAUAGGACCCACAUACAUGGCUGCCGUCUCUCAUCCACAGUAUACGUACACACCCUUCUUAUGAACAAAGAGGUGCAAGCUGACGCUCAACAGGGCACAGGUGCAGAGUGAGCCGUGCUCCUAGUUCACUGUAAUUGUUUUAUGUCCGUACACACUAGUCCCUCUCAGUACUGCACCCAGGCAGUAGAAACCACAGAAACACUCAGUCUUACCAAGUAAAAGACACCGAAUAUUGAUUUACUACUGACUGAUUUACAUUAUGCAAUUUGAAGAAAGGCAGACAGAGGAGUCACUCUCUUUAUCCAUAUCUCUCUCUAUCCUGCUGUUUUUCUUUUUCUCAUACUAUAUCUCCUACCUUGCUAUCUGUCUGACUCGCUAUCUCCAUCCUACCGUUUUUGUCUCACUGUCUCCAACCGUCACGCUCGCUCUCUAUCUUUCUUUCUUCAUCUGUCUCUGUGUCAAGUUCUCUGUCUUUCACUCACUCUUAAGUUAUUUCAUUUGAAUUGGUGCCACUCUGCUGGCUACUAAAGACUACAAACUGAAACACAAACGAAGCAUGCACAUGUACAUAAUUUUCCCUUCCGUUAUGGAACCUCUAACAGUCGGAGGUGUUUGUUGCUACAGGAGUUCAUAGGAGAAAUUUUUAUUUUCCUGUGUACGCACGCGUGUGUGUGUGUGUGUGUGUGUGUGUGUGUGUAUAUAGAGGUCAGUCUGCGUACAUGAGCGUAUGGCCUCCGUGUGCCGUUAGUUUUCCGAAAGCAUCGCAGCCAUUUCACCUCUCCUGAGGGACCGUGUAGCACAGCACCAGCAUGGUCCUUAACAGAGUGGCGCAGUCUGUACAGCAAUCCCCGCAGUUCUCAGCAGGAUGGCACAGCCCAUCUUCCGAUGGUCUUGAAGCAUUUCUUUAACACAGUGUUAAAUUGAUUUCUUAAUUGUAGUAUGUCUUUAUUUAUUUUGAUUGUCAUUUUAAAUGCACUGUACUUUGAUAUGAGAAGAAGGACAAUAUUCUACUUAAAACUGUAGAUGUGUAUAUAUGAGAAUUGUGUUACAGCAGGUGCUCUUUCUGUUGAAGGAGCACUGUGAAACUGAAAGGCAUGUAGUAAUAUUACUCAGUGAUGUUAUGCACUUUUGAUUUGGACUCAGUCUCAAGUUUCAGCUCGCCUCAAACUCUAAAACAUUUUAACCACAGAAGGACUAAAGCGGCUAACUGGAAAAAUCAAAUAUUAGGCACUGGGAAUUUUAAGAUUUCAACUCACUAAAAAUUGCCUUGUAUGUUUUUGAUGUCUGAUUCCCCUGCAUCGAGAAACCAGUUGUGUAUGAUGUUUAUGGGAAUGAGUGUAGUCCGUCUUAAUGUCACUACAUUUUAUUUUAUUUUAUUUUUUAACAUUUUGGGAGCUGGCGGAGACUGGAAGUGAGUGAGUUCAUUAGGAUGUGUUAUUGGGAUCAGAGUUUAUAUCCUCUUUGCCCUGGUAUCAUCUGUGUAAGUGGAAUCUUUAAAUAUUAGAAUGUUGCUGAAAGAUCUUGACCUGGGGACAAUGAGCCAGUUCUGACAUGGUCUGCCGCUUUUUACACACAGCUGUGAUCCUGGUUAUAAACUUUUAUUCAGAAGGAGAAUGACCAUUUCCAUGUUUUAAAGGUUCUUGAUGUAUCCGUUUCGUUAAAUGUACCUAGUUGUUUAUGUACUAUUUUAAUCAUCUGAAUGAUUAGUAUUCACAAUAAAAUUAGCCCAAAUGUA